AUGUUCGAAUACAAGCGGCCGAUUGCAUCUAUAAUAGACGGGCCGAGAUUUACCAUUGCGCAAAUAGGAAACGCAUACUGCGUUGUGGCGCCCUUCAACAAGUUCUACAAGAUGUACGGGGCAGAAAAGCUCAACACCGUGGGGAAAUCCAAAGAGGGGGCGCCUAUACAGGCGGUCACCACGCUGAACCGGUACGUUGUCACCGCUGCAGGAACUGAAAUAAGCAUGUACAACCAGGACGAGCUGAUCCAGAAGAUUGAUCUGGGCCAGCCAGUAGAAAACGUGCUUGCAUACGAGACGUUUUUGGUUGCGCAGUUUGGAGGCUCUGUGGCGCGGAUAGAUCUAGCCGAGAUGGAAAAGAUAGAAAGCGAAGAAAUAGGAUUCACAGUGACAGAGCUGGCGAAUCUGCCAGAGGGCGAGAAAAGCAUGCACCGGCUUGCGCUGAAGAACAAACUGCUUGUGCAGGCGGGAGGCAGUCUGCACAUAUACUCGAUCAACAGACAGACGGUGGUGCACACACUGAAGUGCGUGGCCUUGGACGGGCCUGUUGUGGACACGUCGAACUCUCUUUCGCCCGAAAUUGUGGCUGUUGCAACAGCUAGCACCGUCUUUAUUCUCCAGCUGAAAAAAGACACUGUGCUCCAGAAGUUCUCGCUUGAAGGGGUGCAGUCAGUUGACUUCCGGAAAAGCAUGCACAGCAGAGAGCUGGCUGUUCUGACCCAGACGGAGGUGUGUGUUCUGUGUCUGGAGGAGGGUGUUGUCAAGAAGAGGCAUGCGUGCUCUGAGAGCGCCAGCAGGGCGCCCCGGGCGCAUCCGCACACGCUGAGGUAUAUAGGCGAAAACGGAUACAUCGUGGUGUCGCAGGACAACGAGCUGCGGAUCGUUGACGCACACAAAAACAAGCUCUUUGUGGUCAAAAGAAGGGCUGGCAUUGUGCUGGGAAAGCAGCACCGCUGCGAGCUCCUCAAGGACGCGCUGGUUGUCUCUACAAACAGCAGAAUGUACACGCUUUCUCUGCGGAAAGACGAGCAGCUGAGAGAAUUUUCAAAGAUCGGCGUCGAAGGAAGCCCAGUGUCGAUUUCUGUUGCGCGCGAGAGCAUUCUGGCAUGCUAUACAAAGGGUGUGUACUCGCUGGAAGAAACUGUCGGAGGAGUCGCAGAGAAAAAAAGACGGCUUGCGCACGCCACCCCGAAGGAGUAUCUGGGGGCCGUUCUCUCGCUGUGCGGAAACAGCAUGGCCUUGAGCGUCCGAAGCGGCGAGGGCGCCGUGAAGAUCAUCAUUGCGUCGAAGGAGUCCGGGUUCAUCCUGGGGGAAGUAAACGAGGCUCCAUACCUUGCGCUUUCUCUAAAUAAUAUUAAAAAAACACUUACGGUGCUGCACGCUGGGCACGCAGUCGUAUACUCGUACGGGGGCCAAGAGCUCUCCAGGGCGUGCUUGAGCACAGGCGUGUCGGGCGGAGACGCAGGCCAUGCAAAGCAGCCUAUAGGAAAAAUAGUUGAAACCCGGACACAGAAGCACUACAUCCUGGCAGCCGGCUCGCACGUGCACAUUUUCGGGGAGGCUGGGGAGAGAAUAAAGUCGAUCGAAAAGACGGGCGGAGCCCCGGAAGGGCUCAGAGUGAGCGAGGACCUCGCGUGGAUACUGGUUAUGUCUUCGCGCGGGUCCGGCGCAGUGCUUGAGGUUCUGGACAUAAAGUCUGCCCUCGUUAUCUCGAAAACAGACUUCCCCUACAUGCCAAGGAGCUUCCUUCUGACAAAGGACAAGAGCAGGCUUGUUGUUGGAACAGACCGCCAGAUUCUCCUGUUUGAAAACACAUACAAGAUUCUGGCUGCGCCAAAGGAGAACACCCCGGCAGCGUGCAUGGGGAUAUCCUUCAGCAGGCUGCCCAAGUCAAGGAUCCAGAUGCUUCUGGGGUACGAGGAGCUUGGCAUCAAAGUGGAAAGCGCAGAGGACGUCUUGGUUCCGUACACCAUGCAGAAGGAGAGCACAAUGGAGAAGCCCAAGGCCUGGGCGGAUGCACAGGCGGGAAUAGACGCGCUGCUGGACGAAAACUGCCCCAUUUCCUACAUUAUUUGGUGCAUCAAGGAGGCAGAAGACCCUUCAGGGCUGGUUGUGGACCUUGUCCAGCACCUAGAGAAAACAUACGAUAUUGCGGACGCGCUUAUAAAUAGAGUCAUCCACUACAGGAGAAAGGACCUGAAGGUGCACAGCAUAGCGCACGCCCUGAAGGCCCGCGAGGAGGUGGCCGAGCGGCUGGUCGUUGCAUACAUGUCUACGCUUUCCCUUCUCAAGGAUGCAUAG